UGGGUCGACACAUCAAUCGACUGGUUAUUAUUUCCAUAAUAACAACCAUAAAUGGAGAAAGAUGGUAUUCAGCGACGAUAUUCGAAAACCGCUCAAACCCAGGCCCUGAAACAGGAAAUACAUUUAGAAGUAACUACAUUCAAGAUGCUGAACACCGAUAUAUGCCGACAUCGAUUUAUAACGGGACGAUAAAUGAAUGGCGAGGUAUUACGAAAAUCGCAAACGCUACUGAUGGAACUUUGCUUGACGACGCUUAUCGAAAGGACGAAGUUUUGCCCCAAAAUUACCGAGAAUUGACGAUUGACAAACCAAAAAAUAAGCUGUUACGAACCUACCAAUACAACAACACUAUACACAACAUAAACUUGUUUAGACACACUCAACAAAAAAGAAGAGUGAAUAGGAAAAGAUGUCCAGCAUUGCGGCCAAGACAGAAAAAACAAUUGAACAACGAGAAGACGAAGAAAUUUCUAGAAGUGUUUGAAGUAGUGGAGUUUGAUCACGUCGCUUGUACGUCGAGCAGUGGGUUAGAAGGAACGUGCCUGCAUGAGUAUGAUUGUGUUAACGCUGGAGGAUUGCCGAUGGGCAGUUGUGCUGAUGGCUAUGGGGUAUGUUGCGUGAUUCAGUUCUCUUGCGACGACGCCACCGCCGCGCCUACAGGAUGGUUUGUUAACCCAGGCUUUCCCGAUCCGAGUUCUGAGAGACUAGCCUGUGCUGUAACAGUCAAUAAAACUUCAGAGGACAUUAAACAGAUUCGGCUGGACUUCAUGAAUUUUGAGCUGUUACCGCCCAUAGCAGGAUCGUGUGAGCAGGAUCAAUUCGUAGUAUCAGGACAGAAUGUGAACAGCAUGAUGCCCAUUCUGUGCGGCGUCAACACCGGCCUUCACGUUUACGUCGAAGUUGGUGCCGUGAAUGGGCCAAUCACCGUGUCCAUCCAAACGGCUUCGGCGGAAAGCCGAUUGUUUGCCAUUAAGGUGUCGCAGCUAUCCGCUAGCGACGACUUAGCAGCACCGGCUGGGUGUCUUCAGUACUUCAAAGGACCAAUCGGAUACUUGGAAUCAUUUAACUACCGUGACACAUCUGACACAUCAAUAGCUAAAGCUCCAUCUUAUUUGAACAAUCUUAAUUAUGCAAUGUGCAUAGAACGGGAGCCUGGGUCUUGCAGCAUCACGUACACAAAUGCGGGCAUUAUGCGGAUCACCAAUUACGAUUCAGACGGCUUACCAGUUAUUCCUCCGGGUCAAGCUGGAGUAGAGAUUUUCAACUGCCCCAGCGACUGGCUGCUCAUGUCAGCGGCGAGGCUCUGCGGAGACCGGCUGAACGACGGUUCAGUUCUGCAGGACUUUGCUCUUGAUGCGCCGAUUACAGAUAAUGGCGCAGGCCCCAUAGUUGUGUGGUUCAGAUCGGAUGAAGGAUACGUUGCUCGCGGUUUUAGACUACAAUAUCAACAGAACUCGUGUAUUGGUUAGUCGUAACAAAGUGUAAU